ACCUGUACUGCUAGAGGUUCCCCACUUUGCCUCCCUGCGAGGCAGAGAGCGGGAAGUGGUCAUCCUCCGCAGCGACAACGGAGAGAGCUGGUACGAGCACCCAACGCAGGCCACAGAAGAUGCAGUCACAGAAGCACUGGGUGCCAGCAUUGAAGAGCUGGACAAUGAGGAAGACCUCUCCAAAAAGCGGAUCAAGCGUAUCCUGACAACAGACCUGCCGCAGUACUUUGCUCUGGUGACCCGUGUGACCCGAGUCAAGCAAGAGAGCACUGUGAUUGGCAUGGAAGGAGGGGUCCUGAGUUCGAAUGUGGUGCCACAAGUGCAGGCAGUGCUGCCGGAAGGCACACUCACAAGGCCUAUUCCUGUUGGACUUCAGGCACAGCCGAUUGCUCCGGAGCUGGUUGCUAAACUACUGGGUAACCGUGUAGCAGUGAGUCCUAUUGUCACAAUAGAGCCCAGACGACGCAAGUUCCACAAGCCUAUCACACUGACCAUCCCCGUUCCCCGCGCUGCCCAGAAGGGAAUGAUCAACCAGUAUGGUGGCGACCGACCAACCUUGCGUCUGCUCUUCAGCCUUGCAGCGGAUCCGAACCCAGCAGUGUGGGAGGAUGUCACAGAAAGCAAACCAAUGACUUUGGUGGAUGACUGUGUAUCCUUCACAACAACAGUCUCUGCCAGGUUCUGGCUCAUUGACUGUCAGAAUGUUUCUGAAGCUUCCCAGAUGGCCUCUAUCCUCUACCAGGAGGCAGUCACCGUCCCCUACAUGGCCAAGUUUGUAGUUUUCGCCAAGCGUGACUCCCCAGAAGAGGGCAAGCUAAGAAUCUUCUGCAUGACUGAUGACAAAGAUGAUAAAACUCUAGAGAAGCAGGAGAAAUUUUUCGAGGUGGCUCGAAGCAGAGACAUUGAGGAACAAGAGGCUAGUGCCCGCAUUGCCUUCAUGAAGGAGCCAAAAGUACAGAGAGGGGAAGCCCCACAGACUCCUAUCUGUAACCUCAACAUUCGCCUUCCAGAUAUGUCUGAAUCGGGUGAGCUGAACUCGGACAAGGCUGCUGAAUUUCGUAAACGUCAUGAUUUUCUCCGUGGCCAGGGUCUUG